UCGAUCAUACACUAAUCACAACAAUAGAUGCAAAGGCAAAGGCCGAGCUGGCGGCAAAAGCCUCGGGGAAGAAGGGGCCUCUCAAUACCGGCAGUCAGGGUAUCAAGAAGAGCGGAAAGAAAUGAGCGACUCUACGAUCUGGAGUGUUGUGCGUGAGAUGGUUGAGCAGUCGAUUUUCUUGGAUAACACGGCGUUGAUGGCAUUAAGAGGAUACAAGGCUGAGCAUGGGAUCGGCUAAAGCAUGGCCUUGGGAGUCUGACGAAUAUACGAUACACACUGCAGUGGCCUUUGUCGUUGGUUUUUCUGUAGUCAUGAUACGAAGCAGGAUCAGGAUUCAACCUCGCUUGCACCACCCCUUUCAUGCAAGUCGCAUUUCAUUGCUGUCAUGCCGAGGCUCAUAUCUCACCCGGUCAAGUUCCUACACCUCUGCCAGCAACCCUGGAUCCUUUACGAGAGCUGUUGGAUGUAGACGGGCUAAAACAGCCACGCGGAGUCCCAAAGGCCGGGUCAACCAAAAGUUUUGCUGGGUAUUCUGGCCGCCAUUUGCUCCCUUGACUUCUCUGUUCAUGCCCAGACGUUAAUCUGUAUGCCUAUGCAUGUCGUCCCCAAAUAUCUGAGA